AUGACGCAGGUAGCUGCCAGCACGUAUCUUAAUACCAUCGCGCCGCAUACUGUCACCGUGCCCAAGAAGAUUGGGCUGAACGGGACUAGAGCACAGCGCAUCGCCAAAAAGAAUGAGCUGCGCAGGAAAAGGAGGCAUCCAGCUACGGCGUCGGACCUCUCGCGUAGCUAUAUUGCGUCGAUGAAAGCGAUCAGCCAGAAGGCUACGGUCAAGAUGGACCCGACCAUCAAACGGACGAUUUGCCAGAAAUGCAACACGGUGCUCAUCCCAGGGGCGACGGAGGAAUGCGAAUACGAGGUGGAUCCCUCCCGUAUUAACCCACUGCAUCGUCCUGAACCACUUACCUGCUGCCGCACAGGCUCGCGGGUCCACGGCAAUCUCGUCACCUACACAUGUACCGCCUGUAGCUUCGUGCGCCGGAUCCCUGCGCCUCCGGACCUCGACCCAGACGCUCCUCCGGACCCCGCAACUUCCAUUGUCGCACCCGCUGUUCGGACAGAGGACAUCGCGGAAACGGAGGAUGAGGCGAUGGUCAUCGAUCAAUCACAACCUUCAACUUCCAGCGCGGAUCCCAAGCAACUGCAAGAAACUAAGGCGGCGAGGAGACCAAAACGUGGUGGGAGGAAAGGCCCUCAGCCCCGGCUCCCUCCUUUGUUCCAGCGGAAGGGCCAUGUCGUUUUCCGAGGCAAUUCUAAGCUGGAGUCCGACGAUGCAGUCUAA